AACACUGGGCUUUAUCCUGUUAUCUGGUCCCCAGUAGUACAGGACGGAGGCUCUGGAGUUGGAGUUGUGCUAUAAUUACUGAGAGUAUUUUUAAUUUCUUUAUAUAAAUUACUUAUUACAUUUUAUUAGGUAUUAUUUUUAUAUUUUAUUAUAUUAUUAUAUCGUAAGUAAAGCGAGAAGAGCGAGGAGUGAGGCGGGAGGGAGCAGCCAUGGGCUGCAUCCCAUGUAACAGGUGCUGGAUAUUCUUCUGGCGUAAGAUGAGGCCGAGGGAUGAGCCCUUGUUAUUGGAGAAUGAGGAGAUUCCGUUACCCUCGUUGAUGCAGGCACACCCAGUACCUGCGGAGAGGGAGACGCCAUCAUUACCCCCAGCAUCCCAGGCACAGCAGGUACCACCACCACCCCGGGAGAGGAAGGCACCAGCCCGGGACGGGAUAGCACCACCGCCACCCCGGGAGAGAAAGGCCCCACCUCCACCCCGGGAGAGGAAGGCAUCACCGCCACCCCGGGAGAGGAAGGCACCACCGCCACCCCGGGAGAGGAAGGCACCACCGCCACCCCGGGAGAGAAAGGCACCAGCCCGGGAGAGAAUGGCACCACCGCCACCCCGGGAGAGGAAGGCACCACCGCCACCCCGGGAGAGGAAGGCACCACCGCCACCCCGGAAGAGGCAGGUGCCCCCACCAUAAAACCAUGUGUGCCUGAUUCUACCACCAGAGGCAUGCGCCCCCACCAAUAACACCGGUGAGGCACGCACCCAAACACCAUCAGGGAGGCAUGCACCCCCACUAUUACCAUCAGGGAGGUAUGCGCCCCCACAAACACCAGAGACGCAUGUGCCCCAACUACCAUCAGAGUGGCAUGUGCCCCCACUACCAUCAGAGUGUCAUGUGCCCCCACAAACACCAGAGAUGCAUGUGCCCCCACUACCAUCAGAGAGGCAUGUACCACCAUUGGAAAGGUGUUUGCAGACACAUAAUUUAUUA